AUGUCCUCGCAGGAUUUUGCUGUCAACAAGUCCGAGAAGCACCAGCCUGAUCGCAUAGCCGCCAGCAUGAGCGAUCACUCUAUCGAGGCCGACGGCCUCGCUCAAAAAACCGUCACCAGGACGGAUGAGAACCGCCUGCACGAGAUGGGCCACGAGCAGCAGCUGGCCCGACGAUUUUCCAUGCCCGCCCUCGUCGCACUGUGCCUGUCCUUGAUGGCCACCUGGGAAGCCUUGUCGAGCUACAUUGCCCCCGUGCUUGUUUCCGGAGGAGCGCCGUGCCUCUUCUACAACUACAUAUUGGCCUUUGUGGGCUCCAUAUGUAUCGUCUGCUCCCUGGCAGAAAUCGCGUCCAUCUAUCCGACCGCCGGAGGUCAGUAUCAUUGGGUCGCUGCUCUAUGUCCCUCUGGUCAUCGACGCAUCUCCUCGUGGAUGACGGGUUGGAUCUCCGUCGGUGGGCAGACGGUCUUGACGACGUCGGCUGCCUUUGCGGGAGGACUUGGCUGCCAGGCCCUCAUCACGCUGAACCACUCUUGGUAUAAUCCGAAGCCGUGGCACGGUGUCAUGUUUUUCUGGGCCAUUGUGGCGUACUCGACCGUCGUCAACGCCUGGUUGAUCAAACUGAUGCCUGGCCAUAAUCUUGCCGCUGGCGUUAUCCAUAUUCUUGGGUUUCUCGCCAUCAUCAUUACUCUUCUCGUGACGGCAGAAAAACACACGGCGGAGUACGUCUUUACGGAAUUCACCAACAGCAGUGGCUGGAACAAUGGCGUCUCGUGGCUCAUCGGCCUGCAGAGUGCAGUAUAUCCCCUCCUCGGAUACGACGCUGCGUGUCACUUGGCUGAGGAGCUUCCCCAUGCCAGUCGCAACGUCCCCCUCGCCAUGGUGGGCAGUGUUGUCAUCAACGGCCUCAUGGGUCUCGCGUACACCAUCAUCCUAUUGUUCUGCUCCGGUACUCUCUCCGACUUGCUCAGCACCCCCACCGGAUUCCCCUUUAUGCAAAUCUACCUCGACGCGACCAAGUCUCAGGUGGGAGCCACGCUCAUGUCCCUGCCUGUCAUCUUCAUCGCCAUCGCCGCGAGCGUGGCCGGCACCGCGUCCACCUCGCGUACUCUGUGGGCUUUUGCGCGUGACAGGGCGACGCCGUUUGACCGCCACAUCAGCGCCGUCAGCUCCAGGAUGGAGGUGCCCGUCUUGGCCAUUUUCAUUGUGUCCAUCAUGCAGGCCCUGCUCGGCCUCAUCUAUCUCGGCAACUCGACGGCCUUGAAUGCUGUUCUUUCCAUGUCUAUUAUCGGCAUGUACAUUACCUACGGACUGCCCAUCUUCUUUAUGCUCUCGGCACGCAGCAAGAUUGCCAAGGGUUCCUUUGGUCCGUUCCGUAUGCAUCCCGUGGUUGGCCCCGUCAUCAACAUUGUCAGCCUGAUCUUCAUCACCGUCGUCAUCAUUUUCAGCUGUUUUCCCACGAGCCUUCCCGUCACCGCGCGGAACAUGCAAUACUCGACGGUCGUGUUGGCCGGUUGGAUCGUGAUUGGAAUAGUGUACUACUUUUGGAGGGGCAAGAACAAGUUCCAGGUUCCUGCCACGUUUUCUGUCACUUCAGGACUCGCUCCUGCGCCGGAAAAAGGAGCGGCUGCACAGUGA